AUGGUGGUGGGAACUCAACUUCACCCCUGGCAUCUUCUGGGUCUCCAGCAGAAUACCGACCGCUUCCAUGAGAGGCCCAGCGCCUUCUCACGUAUUCGUCUGUGUGUGCUUGCAGAAUCCACAGUUUCAGGAAAGAGGACAGGCCCCUUUGUCACCUCUGAUGGCGGGCCAGCUCCUCCCCUGACUCCGGGGCCCAUCUUUCCAGCGAUAGAUUUUCUCACUCCAGGCUUCGCAGACUCCCACCUUGGCUCCCACAGCAUCUGUGCCCAAGCUGCAGAAAGCCAGGUGGUGCCCAGUCAGGUGGUCGCACUGGGCUUCCGCACUACCGGGAGCGGACACUCUGAUACUCCAUUGGCCCUCCUUGUCCAGGGAGGCCUGGGGCAGCCCGGGGCCAGCUCCUGGCAUGGGCUCGGCUUCGCCCCGGAUAUAGUUCCCUCCAACAUUAAACACCCUCCACUGAAGCUUCUAUCUCUUUCCUUAUUUGGACACGUGGCUCCUUUUUAG